ACAGUCCGUGAAGGGACCACGACACCGGAGCAGCAGACGCAGUCCUGGUUUUCCUCCCACUUAUUCCGCAGUGAAGCUGUUGUUGGUUAAAGUGUUAGACGAGCUAUAUGUAUGACUGUAGGCUGAACUGUGAGUGCUAAGUUGGAACACUGAAGAAGUUUAAAUCGGGCUAAUGGAUUCAUUCCACGCCGUUUUUCUGUAUUUUUCCUGCAUGACGGUGGUAGCUUCUCGCGUGCUGCCACCAAUGAAUGUAACCCUUCACUGUCGAAAUUUCCAUAAUGUGCUGAAGUGGAGCUACCCUGAAGACACAACUGGGCUUUCAUUCAGAUUGAACAUUGGCGCAUAUCAAAAUCCCCCUGACAUUCGCACGUGGAAUACUUCAGCUCUUCAAGCUGAUCUGUCGUUCCUCUCAGACCCAAACGACAGCUAUUAUGUCGCAGUAACUGCUGUGGUUAAUGGUAGUGAGUCUGAACCUGCCCCGUCAGAGGAUGGAAUCACUUUCAGCUAUUUCCAUGAAAAUCCAGUUGAAACAAAGUGUUAUUUGGAUCUUCCACCUGUUAACGUCACGGCCCAGCGAGAUAACAAGGUCCAGAUCAGCUUUGUGAAUCCCAGUGUCUUUUAUUGCGAAAAGAUGAAGAAAAAUAAAAAAAAAUGUCUCAAAGACAAUGGCAGCAAGGAUUCUUCCUUUAAAGUCAAGAUCCUCAAUCAGACCCACUCAUUUACCUGUGAAGAAAGAGUGUGUGAGAACACACUGCCAGUGGACGCAGCACAACCUGAACACUGUGUGAACAUCACCGGACAAACAUCACAAGGAACAUUGGUUAAAGCUAAGCAACUCUACUGUGCCAAGCCAUUCCACGAACCAUCACAAAGCAAUUUCACCGCCGUUUAUGUCGUGAGUGCUAUACUGGCUGUGGCUACAUUCGGGGUGAUCCUGUUCAUGGCAUACCAAAAACUGACCAAACCUACAAAUUCGAUCAUCAAAAUUUGGGAGUUCCCUAAGUCCUUAUCCCGGCCCAUGAAUACACCCGAAUCGGUGACUGUUGACCAUGUGGAGUGUUCAAAGAGGUGUGAUGAAGUGGAGCCUUCCUCGCCCACACCUUUACUAUCACAGACAGAAGAGGAGGACGGGACCAGAUUUACUAAUUAUGACUCACGCUUUCCCAUCAGGGUGUCGCACAAUGGAGAUAUGUCUAAUGUCAUGGAGGAGGAGCAACCAAAUGGGGAGGGUCCUGGUUACAUGGUAGGCAACACCGAUUUACAUGAGGAUCCUGAUUCUGGUGAUGAGAAUCCUGGUUCUGGUUAUGAGAAGCGUGAUACAGUGGCGGUGGAGCUGGGUCCAGAUGAAUUGGCUAAGGGCUACCGAGGCCCAGUCGCACCUGAGUAAAUGUAAGGCUACAUAUAAGGCAGCACCAGAUGUUGUGCACAGGAUCUCACAUUUUGAAAAUAUGAAAAGACUUGGUGACACGUGUAAAAGCCUGAUCAGUAUGAGUGCCCAUAUGUGCGAUUAGACUGAGGAGCUUCUUGUGCUGGAAAUCUACCUAUUUACCUGUUAAGGGUUAUUUGUCUUAGUCAGGGUUAAUAGAAAAGCUGAAAUGUAUUUUAUGUUUCUGCACAGGCUAAAUCCCAUUUAAAAGAAUUGUAAAGUAAAACUAUUAAUUUCAUCUUUUUCCUCAUGACGAGGCCUCAGUAGUGGAAGCACUUGAAAUGUUACAGGGAACUUUGGUCUUAGAAGACGUAAAGAGGAAAUUGAAAUCGUUCAUUAUAGUAUAUAAUGAACAAUAUAAUCAUUGUUUAUAUUCCUGCCUUACAUCAUAGAUCAUCAGGGUGACAGAAACCAUCCAAUAAUCAGACGCAUCCAAAAAUGAACAGUGGCUCCUAUACAAUAACACACACUGUAAAUAUUUCUGUAAUACAGUCAAUAUAUCUGUGGGCAUCUCCUAUACAAGCAUAUUUGGCAGUUACUGAGUCAGGUAGUCAGAAUACUGGAUUUGCUCUGGAGACUCUUGAUGAUUACUUGCACUUUCUUUUUCUGUCUGAUUCAUUUCUUUCCCUUUUAUGCUUGUGUUAUAUUAGUUAGAAAUCAGUUUGUAUAUUAUGACAUUUGUGUACAUUAAAUGAGGCAUGUGCUUUAAGGAAGAUGUGGUUGAAGAGAAUAAAUGGGAAAUGUAUGAUUUUUUUUUUUUUUUUUUCUUUAAAAACAACAAAAAUUCAAAUGUAAAAAUCAAAGUGCUUUUUGUUGCACACCAAAAAAAUUGUAAUAGUGCUUAACAAAUUUGUUAGACCACCUGUCAUUUAAAACUAGAAAUCACAAACAUUUUAUAAAUUUGUUAAACUUGUGUAAAACUAAAAAUCAUAUUGUUAUUUAUUAGGCAAAUAACAAACUGAACUCAUGUUCUUAUACCCAACUUUGGCCAGCACACAGGGAGUCUCUGAAAAGUUGGAAAUUAAUCAGGCAUAACAAUCAAAUACUGAAACUAAUUAAUCUGUACAGUAAGUAACUGUAAUUCACCGUCUCACUCAUCCACACACUGCUAGAGUAACAGUUAUAGAAAGAGUUACUACCAGAACAGCUGUGGAAUAAACCUUACAUUAGGUGAUCUAAUAAACAAAAGCACUUUAAACAUUACCACGUUUUUCUGCAUUAAAUGCAGAACACGCUUUGGCUGCUCUCCACCCUGCAAGAUCUGGUUGAGGAGAACAUAUAUGAAAGGUAUUAUUUCUUCUUUGGAAACUCAACUUUUUAUACCUUAGACAUAUGAUGAUCUGGGUAUAAAUGUUAACAUCUGUCUAUUUGCAGUUAUUUAUAUUGGCAUGUAUGUCAGAAUCUCUCCUGUUUCCAUUUCUAGCAAUGAACAGUUAAGAGGUUAUUUGGUUUUUCAAUUUCACAGGAAGAAGGUGCUUUUUCUUGGUUGUUUUAUUCUUUUUUUUUUUUUUGUGCAACAUUUUAUUGUCCUUAAAUUUCACAUGACAGAAGAUGGGUCUAAUUACCAGUUUAAAUGGACUGUAUGAUUGUAUUUUGUUUUUGUGAUGUUUUUGUUUUUUUGUUUGUUUGUUUUUUUUACUUUUGGAAAACUUGCCAAAUAAUUCAACCCUUGCACUAGAUUACUAUUUUUUUAAUGUGCCUUUCUUAAACAGACAAUGGAGAAUAGUGAAAAUGGCAUGCUGUGAAGGUCCGGCCACAAUCAAACCUAGAAGUCAUUACACAGCGACAUGCUCUAUUCCCAAUAAUGCUAUGCUUUUUAUCUGCUUAUCCCUUGUAAUAACAUACUUCAUAUAUAAAAAGUAAUACAAUGUGGUUAUGUCUGUCUUGUCUGGUCUUUGUAGUGCAAUUUCAAUAAAUUGUGGAACUGUGAA